AUGAAAGCUAGGAAUGCAUGUUGCUCUGUAGCGUUGUAUAUGGUCUUAGCCGCUUUUCUCCGGAGAGAGACGCGCGACCUGUCAGUUUCAGCACUCCGGCAGCAGGAUAGCCAGACUGCGCUUCUCGGUGAGGACGAUGAUCCUUCGGAGCCAGAAGAUCCGAACUCGUGGAUAUGCCGUAUAUCCAAAGGCUUCGAUGCAUGUGGUAGCAGGGGAUAUGCGGGGCUCGACGGGAUGACAGGAACAUACUGCCCGGAUGGAUUCUGUUGUAGUAAAACAGCGUGCUUCGGCACCUGCGGAAGCUGGUGCCACGACAACUGGGCUCUGUGCAGUUCGUCGGUGGUGUAUCACCCUGAGUAUAGUUACGGGAACUGUAACUGUAAGCGGAUGCAAGAAAAAUGCCACGCGAACGCUGGAUGCGUGCACGUGAACAGAGACAACGGAGGUGCGUAUUGCAAGUGCAAUGAUGGGUACUGGGGAGAUGGGAAGACAUGCAAAAUCGAUUUCUGUCGAUUCAAUCCUUGCGGAGAGGGCACAUGCAUUAGAACGGAUGAUGCAUACAAGUGCGAAUGCCCUCCGACGCACAAGCUCGUGGGCGAGGAAGGGAAACAGACGUGCCAGGAGAAGCCAAACUUUUGCCUUGCGGAGCCCUGCGGUCCAGCAUCUAUGGUUGAAAAAUGCGUGAACCACGACGAGACUUACGAAUGCAUAUGCAAGCAGGGAUACGAGGUCAGAAACCGUCGGUGCGAAGAAGUCGACCUAUGCGCUGACUCGCCAUGCGGUCCAGCAGAAGCAGUGCACCAGUGCGUAACUGAGAAGCUACCAAGACUGAUUUACCGGUGUACCUGCAAGGCGGGAUACGAUCUGAUCACUUUGCCCGACGGAAUCUCUGAGAAGUGUGUCAAAAAUUGGUGUUACGACGAACCUUGCGGUUCUCGGGAAAGAGUAAAAAGCUGUAGUUCAAAGGCGCACGGAUACUCUUGCCUGUGUAAAGAAGGAGCGGAGGUCGAAGUAGUAGAAGGAAAUGAGAAGUGCGUCAAAGCAGAUUUGUGCCGCAAUGAUCCCUGUGGUCCACAGGAAGCCGUGGCGCAGUGCUACACUCAGGGUUCCACUUACAAGUGCUUAUGCAACACGGGCUACACGGAAGUGCCUGUAAAUGGAAAGAACACGUGUCAGAGAGGCGAUCCUUGUACCUUGAAUAUGUGCGGCGGCUCCGAGGCUGUCCAGGAGUGCACAACGGAUGGAUUAUCGUACGCGUGCACUUGCAUGCCAGGAUAUUCAAUAGCAAUCAAGCACGGAAAGAAGGUGUGCGUCCACGAGAACGAGUGUGCCGCUCACUGCGGGUCGGCAGCCGCAGUGAAGACCUGCGAAGUACUUGAUGAUGGUACGUACCAAUGUACUUGCAAUCCCGGGUACGUUAUGCGGUAUAGAGGUGAAGAGAAAUCAUGUGUGCAUGGGGAUCCGUGUUCCCUCAAUCCAUGUGGGGCAGUGGAAGCAGUACGGAGCUGCACCGUUGACGGGGAUAGCUACGAUUGCGAGUGCAACACCGGCUUCGUCAGAAGAAGGCUGCCUGAUGGGAAGCCAAUCUGUGCAGAUCCAGCAAGCUGCGUGGGAAACCCGUGCGGGAGCUCGGAUAGUGUUGAGGCAUGCAUUGCCGGCACAACAGGGUACACAUGCCGGUGUAAAGAAGGGUACACAGCGCAGUCAGUUGCUACACAGCUGCAGUGUAUUCCAGAAGUGUCUGCGGGCGGCAGCCAUGGAUCGGAAGAAUCGAAGGAGGAGAACACCAGCGGGGCGUCAAAUUUAACUAUCGCCGGAGGGGUGAUAGGGGGUUUGGUCCUUUUUGGUCUUGCCGCCGGAGGAUUGAUUUAUGCAAGGAACAAAAGAGGAAGCGGAGAUGAUGAUGAAGAUGCGUUACCGCCCCGGGCCUCCGCGCCGUUCGUCCAGGGGCCAGCAGCAAUGGAUGAGCACACUUGGGCACCUUCGAUUAGUAUGGCUCCUGCUCCUGCUGGAAUGGUUUCUCCUCAUCCUCCCGGUGCAGCUCUACAUGGUGGUAGGCGUGUCUCAGGCGCGCAGUGGGGAUGA